AUGAAUCCCGAUCUCCCACCCAACGCUGCAUGGGCAGCCAAUGCUUUUGCUCCAGGAAAGAAGGGGUCUACCAUUUCUAUUACCACCAAGAACGGACAUUCAACGUUCGGCACUCCAGCUCCAGUCCUCCCCACUCCCGCCAACCCUCCUCCAGCGGUAGCUCCGCCAAAGCGCAAUAAGGGCACCCCGUUCUCAAUGGCAGGUAGCCUAUUCAACCAACCUCCAACCUCUUCUCCGCCACCCGCUUCUCACCUUCCACCGCCAUAUGUUCCAUCGUCAUUGCUUCCACCAACAGCGGCGGCUGCUCCAAUUCCAUACGGAAAUUUCCCUCCCUACACCCCUUCUACUACCCCAUCUACGCUCGCACCAACUCCCCCGUCUUUCCUUCCUCACCUCCCUUCGGCACCAACACCAGCGCCAAAUUUCCCGGCUUUCUCUCUGUUUACCUUUCUUCAGCCCCCACAAGUCCCUUCCGCUGUCGCACCCCCAGUGCCAGCACCAAUGUUUGGUUCGGCACCUUUCUCCUUUUCUUUUGCUCCUCCUGUACCGGCAACAGCACCAGCGCCGAAUCCUGUCGCUUCAAACCUCUUCUCUUCUGCAUCGUUUGGGCAACCCGCAUCGGCACAAAUAGUAUCUGCACCAAUGCCUCUUCCUCCUUCCUUCCUUCCUUUGUAUGCGCAGCAACGACCUCCCUCACCAUUUUUCUCGCCGGUUUCGGCACCCAUUCGGUUCUGUCCUCAUCGACCCGCCGCUCCAAUUCCCGCCGAGCCUCCUUCUCCUGAACUUUUCUUUGAUUCGGAGAACCAGAGAAUCACAGAGGAGAUGGAUUUAUGGCACGCACUAUGCUCUUCCAUGGGCACAUGUGUUUCUCGACGACUUGAUCCUCAAAAUAUUGAAUAUCGAAGUCAAAGAAAGAAUUAUUAUAUACUCCUGUUUUCCAUUUUAUACACGGUUAAUAUUGCGGUCAGCAAUGUCUCACUUGGAAUAAUGACUAUCCCUGACCACCUAGUAAUCCGCUCCACCAUCCCCAUUUUCGUCCUCAUCCUCUCCCUACUAUUCCGUGUACACACAAAACCCUACUCCCCUCUCACCAUCCUCUCCCUUCUCCCCCUCACUCUCGGCGUCCUCCUCGUCUCCCACGACUCCCUCACCCUCACCCUCGACACCACGAUACUCUGUCUCCUCGGCGCCCUCCUCUCCGCCUGCAAAACCCUCUCAACCAACUCUCUACAAACCCACCUCUCCAUCCCCGCUCUAACAAUCAUCCACCACGUCGCCCCUCUCGCCGGCAUCCAAGCAACAAUCUGGUCGUACAUGAACGGCGAAAUCGACGAAUUUCUCGUAAAACACAUAUCCUCCACCUCUUCUCCCCUCUCGACCUCUUCUUCCGGUAUCCUUCUCAUCCUCACGAAUGGUCUCGUAGCAUUCCUACUAAACUGGUCAAGUUUCACCACGAAUAAAGAAGCAGGCGCCCUUACGAUGGCCGUGUUGGGAAAUAUUAAACAGGUCAUCUCGAUUGCGAUUUCGAUUGUGAUUUUUAGAGAUGCAAAUGCAUCAUUCACAGGAUUUGCUCAUAUCUUCGGGAUGAUUUUGGCGCUGGGAGGUGGAUUUCUGUACAGCUUGGUGGAAGUUGGAACAUUUGAGAAUUCAAAGAAUGACACAUUUGGUCAUUCAAAGGUUGGCCACUCUGGGAAUGUGGAGGAAGACAUAGGAAGUCGAAAGACAGUACACAUGUUACAUGAACUGAAACCCCGUCAUUUUUGGGAAGUGAAAAGAUGGCGUGUCGGGGUUUCACGUCUCACUAUCAUCUGUUGUGGAUUGGUUUUCACCUUUACUGUUUUGUUCUUUUGGGUUUCGUUUUCAUUAGUAUAG